UUUGUCUGUUGCAAAGCAUUAGAAAUGAAGCAAGCAACAAUGUUACACCACUGCAAACAGCAGCGUUAUACCACUGUUACAUGCUUUUUAUAUAGGUUAUAGAUAUACUUCACAGCUUCAUGGCACUGCACUGCACUCAGUAUUGCUAGCCAGGGUUUUCUUUGUUAGAGAGCUCCUCUUGCUUUGUAGGUUUUCUUUUGUUUAACCAACAAUGAGUGUUGUGGUUGGUUUGUUUCUUGUAUUAGUCAUAUGUGGUGGAAUUGUUGUUACAGAUGUUAAUGGAGUUAAAGAUGAUAAACACUUACUUGGCCAUCAUGAAGGAGGUUUAGGGCAUGGGAUAUACAAGAAGGGGUUUCGAAAUGGGUUUGGUAAAGGUGGUAGGUUUGGUGGAGGUAUAGGAGGUGGUGGUUUAGGUGGCGGAGGUUGUCUAGGGGAUGGUGCUAGUAGUGGUUUAGGAGGUGGAGGGGGUCUAGGGGCUGGUGCUGGGGGUGGUUUAGGAGGUAGGGGAGGUCUAGGAGGUGGUGUUGGUGGUGGUGUAGGAGGUGGGGGUGGUCUAGGAUGUGGUGUUGGUGGUGGCGUAGGAGGUGAAUGUGGUGCUGGCGGUGGUUUAGAAGGCGGUUCUGAUGGAGGCUUAGGAGGUGGAGGUGGUGUAGAGGGUGGUUUGGGAGGUGGAGGUGGUGCCAGUGGUGGUUUAGGAGGUGGAAGGGGCGUAAACGUUGGUGUAGGUGGUGGUGGCUUAGGAGGUAGAGGUGGAGGUGGUGCUGGUGGUGGCAUAGGAGGUGGACGUGGACUUGGAGGUGGUGCAAGUGGUGUUGGUGGUGGCGUUGGAGGUGGAGGUGGACUUGAAGGUGGCGCAAGUGGUGGUUUAGGUCAUGGUGAAGGAAUAGGAGGUAGUGCAGGUGGUGGUGGGAGUCUAGGAGGUGGUGCAGGUCAUCAUGGAGGACUCGAAGGAGAUGUCGAUAGUGGGUUGAGUGGUGGUGCAAGUGGAGGAGCUGGUGGUGGAGGUGGACUUGGUAGUAGCCUUGGUGGCGGAGGUGAUGAAGGCUUAGGUGGUGGUGUUGGCGGGGGUGUAAGUGCAGGUGCUGGUGGAGGUCCUGGUGGUGGUGGAGGCGGAGGUGGUUUAGGUGGCGGUGCAGGAGUAGGGUUUGGAGUCGGUGCAGGUUUCGGAGUAGAGGGAGGAGUUGGAGAUGGGGGAGGUGGUGGCUUUGGUGGAGGUGGUGGAGUAAGCAACAGUACUGGUUUUGGUGGAGGAGCUAGAUUUGGUGCCCGUGGUAGCCAUUAA